AUGAUCGGCUGUGUUCGCAAGAUAAACUCGACUAAGUUUAAGCCAAGAACUAUAAUUUGUCGAGACUAUAAAAGCUACAACCAAAACGCAAUGAACAACGAGCUAAAACUUGUUGAUUGGUCCUACAUGUAUUAUAAUAGCAAUGUGAACUCAGCUUGGACUUACAUGAAGACAAUAAUAACUGGCAUAUACCUAAAACAUGCUCCAGUUAUUUCAAAGCGAGUUAAAGGUAAACCAGCACCAUGGUUGACGGUCGAAGUCAAACAGCUUAUGAAGGAGCGGGAUAGUUUACUUCAUAAAUAUCAUAGGACCAGCAAUGACAAGGACUUUCAUGUGUAUAAACUAAAGCGUAAUAAGGUGAAUACUUUGUUGUGUCAAGCGAAGUCCUCGUAUAACAAAAAUCUGUUGGAAGAAAAUUCGAAGACUCCUGAGUCAUUUUGGAAAAUAAUUAAAUCAAUUUACCCAGUUAAAUCAACGGCGAGAUGUCCGCUGAUGCAUCAAAAAUUUCAAACGCUUUUUGCUCGUAUUUUAAUAACAUUGUUGCCACUUUGA